GUCUCUGCUGUGCUGACUCUGUCUGUCCUGCGGAAGGUGGAGUCGUGUCUCAGUGUCUGGAUUGGCACUCGUUGGUGUUUAUUAACGAAGCGUUUGUUUACGUUAACGUAAGAGUUCAGGCAGUGGGCACAACAAGCCACUGGUCAGUGGUUACGGACGGUAAGGGAGAACGUAGCGUAAACUUCGUCCACACCGAGGCCCUGACCCGAGCCCUGGCCAGCGCAAGUCUGCCCGUUUCAAUGCCUGUCAGAGGACUGCGGCCUCCGCCGAGAUGGACACGAACGAUUUGUUUACAAGUUGCAGGAAAGGCGACGUUUCUCGAGUGAGGUAUCUUGUUGAACAGAGGGAUGUUGAGCUGAACGUAAGAGAUAAAUGGGACAGUACACCACUGUAUUAUGCGUGCCUGUGUGGUCACGAGGAACUGGUGCAGUAUCUGCUGGCAAAUGGAUCCAAAUGUGAGGCAAAUACGUUUGACGGGGAGCGUUGUUUAUAUGGUGCCCUAAGUGAUACGAUCCGCAGAUUACUGAAGGAAUACAAACAAAUCACUGCCAAGAGCAUGCAGAGGGAUUACUAUGAUGAUUUUCUUCAAAGAUUGCUUGAACAAGGUUACUACAGCGACAUUGUGUUCUUUGUCCAUGGCGAAACCUUCCAUGCUCACCGCUGUAUUCUUCGUGCCCGCUCUGAAUACUUCAAUGAAAUGUUUGAAACAAAAUGGAAAGGGAAGAGCAUCAUUGCACUGAAACACCCGCUGGUUAACAAAGCAGCCUUUGGGUCAAUCCUGCAAUUUCUUUACACUGGUCGUCUUGAUACUGAUGUAAGUUAUGUUGAGGAUUGCAAAAGAUUAGCCAAGCAGUGCAAAAUAGAGGAUCUCAUCGAGCAGCUGGAGAGCAAGUGCAAAAAGGUGUAUGAAUUUGUGUCUUCCAAGCCUGGAACAUGUGUUAAAGUUUUGACUCUUGAACCACAAAGUAACUGUCAGUUGCAGGAGGACCUUGCAAUAUUAGCUGAUUGUGCAUUACCAGCUGAACUCAGGGUGGGAUUUGGGGAACUUCCCUUUGAUAGAACAGAUAACUUCAGAAGUUCACCUGAUGUCUGCUUUAGAGUGGAAGGCUCUGACUUUCUGUGCCAUAAAGUAUUUUUCUGUGGUCGUAGUGAUUACUUCAGAGCCCUUCUGGAGGAUCAUUUCUGUGAAAGUCAAGCAAUGCAGUCUCAGCCCAGCAUUCCAGUAGUGACCCUUCAAAAUAUAACAAAGGAUAUUUUUAUCAGGGUGCUAUACUACAUUUACAGUGAUGACACAGAGCUUUCUCCAGAAAAUGUGUACGAUGUACUGUGUGUGGCAGACAUGUACUUAUUGCCGGGACUGAAAAGGCUAUGUGGUAAAAUCUUUGCCCAGACCCUGAAAGAGGAUAAUGUACUUAACAUCUGGAAAACGGCCAGGCUGUUUAGACUUUCACGGCUGGAGGAUCAAUGCACUGAAUACAUGGCAAAGAUUAUAGAAAAGCUUGUAGAGGUGGAAGAAUUUGCUGAAAUGGUGAAAGAAGAUGCAGAUGCUGUUGAAGCUCGUCAGGAGACUGACUCCAUUCCUCUGAUAGACGAUAUCCGCUUUCAUAUCACCAGCAAUGUUCAAACGUACAGUGCAAUAGAAGAGGCCAACCAGAAACUAGAGGCCCUGGAGCAGCUGCUUGCAAGUAUUGGACUAGAGUGCUAAGUGCAGCGCAUUUCAGCAGUGACGACUCCAGCCUCGUUAUAUAAGACAGCACUUUAGCUGUUUUUUGACUUGCUGAUUAUUCAUGUGUGAAUGAGUGGUUUGCAAGUUCCAUUGAUGCAGGGGCUUACAACUCAAUAGCAUGUAUUGCAGCUUUUGCCUUUUUAAAGCAAUAGAAGUAAGACAACUGAACCAAUGCAGUCAUGCAUUAUGAAAUUAAUAGUCUUGAAGAACAGAGUAUGGCAUAUGCAAAACCAGAGAGUUUUAAAGCAGCAAGUUUUUUCUCGGUGUUUUGGGUUUUCAUGUUUUGUCAUCACAUUAAAUAUAUUUGAUAUAAUAUAUCCUGCUUUAAGUCAAUAUUAUAUAGCAUUCUGAAAAGUAUUGGGGCUGAGUUAUUAAUCUUUUUAUACACAAUGUCAAGUGCAUUGAUUUUCAUUGUUUAGUUCUUAUAUUUGCUUUAGUCCAUUAAACUAAAAUCCUCUGACUCA